CUCUCUUGUUUCUGUCAAUGUUGUAUUAUUAGCCAUAAUGUCUCAGUUAGCCUCAUCGGCAUCAAAAUGACCAUCUUCCCUGCUUACAUGUGCCAUGCGCCUUUUAAUGUUUUCCGCCACUCUCGGCCUCGGACUGAUAUACGUCCGAACGCCAGCCAUCGGAUGUAGCUUCUUGGCCGCAUGACUCAAGAGGCCUAAGCGAGGGAACUACUAUAUAAGCGACCAAGCACCUCGUGUCAGACGUGCUGACGUAGAAAAGAUAACACCCGGAUAAUAUCGCCAUGAACAAAGUGCUUAUAAUUGGAGCCGGACCCUCGGGCCUCGUUCUCGCCCUCAGCCUUACCAAACAAAACAUCCCUGUCCGCAUCGUCGAUCGCGCAGAGUCCAAACCCUCGACGUCGCGCGCGCUGGUAAUUCACGCCCGCACCCUCGAGCUAUACAGACAGCUCGGCAUAGCCGAAGCCGUCGUCGCAGCCGGCCACAAGAUCGAAGCGUCAAACAUCUGGAUCAGCGGUGCCCACCGCGGGACUGUCCGGCUCGGCGACGCGGGGACCGGCUUGACGCCUUAUCCAUUUCUCCAUGUAUUUCCUCAGGACUUGCACGAGCGACUGCUUGAGGAGACGCUCGCGGCGCGCGGAGUGCACGUCGAGCGACAUAAAGAGCUAGUGGGGUUUGUCGAGAAGGAUUCGCACGUCGUCGCUCGACUUCGAGACACUAGCUCGUUGGAUACAGCCUCUGAAGAAGAAUACAAGGCUGCGUUCAUCGUCGGCUGCGACGGUGGACACUCGGCCGUUCGCCACGCCUGCAACAUCCCCUUCGAAGGCGCCGCCUGCGAACGCCUCUUCUACGUCGCUGACGUCGAAGGCAGCGGGCCGGUAUUCAACGGCCAAGCGCACGUUCACUUCGACGGCACAGACUUCAUGCUCAUGUUUUCGCAUGCUAAGAACCGCGCGCGGCUGAAUGGUGCGGUCAAGCAAUCCUCUUUGAAGGCCUCGUCAGGCGACGGGAAGCCCGAGGUGGCCUACGAAGACGUCGUGCCGGUGGAGAUGCUCUCCAGGAUGGGAGUAACUAUCGACAAGACGCACUGGUUCAGCACGUACCAUGUGCACCAUCGCGUAGCAGGGUCCUUUCGGCACGGGCGCGCGUUCCUUGUCGGCGAUGCCGCGCAUGUGCACUCCCCUGUUGGCGGACAGGGGAUGAAUACCGGUAUUGGGGACGCGAUCAAUCUAGCAUGGAAGCUUGCUGCCGUCAUGCGAGGAGCGGUGGAUGGACACGAUGCGCAGGAGAGACUGCUGGACAGCUACUCGGCGGAGCGGCGCACGUUUGCGCAGACGCUUGUGAAGACUACCGAUACGGCGUUCGAUGUUUUGGUCGACGAGGGCUGGACCGGGUGGUUUCUGCGCACUUGGAUCGUGCCGUAUGUUGCUCCUAUUGUGAGUCAGUUCGCUUUUUUCAGGAUGAAGGCGUUCCGACGCAUGUCGCAGGUUCUGGUCAACUAUCGCGAAAGUGGCCUUGCGGCUGGACUUGCUGGGAGUGUACAUGGCGGUGACCGUUUGCCCUGGGUUGUGGUUGACGGGGAUGAUAACCAUGGUAAAUUGGAGGAGGUUGUGUGGCAGGUUCAAGUGUAUGGGGAGGCAACAGAGGAUCUGAGGCAAUGGUGCGAGAAGAAGAAGAUCCCUCUGCAUGUGUUUGCGUGGAAUGAGGCGUAUGCGAAAGCUGGACUGGGGCGCGACGCCGCGUAUCUCAUUCGUCCGGAUACGUAUGUCGCUGUUGCAGAGGACAGCGGGCUUCCUGAGCGGUUCGAGAGGUAUUUCGGCGAUGUUGGUGUUAUUGUUUAGGGUUGUUUGUUUCGACUGUACUUCUCCUCUCCUGUAUAUCAGUUCUAUACCCGGUCUUCGGCAAUGAUGCCAAUAUGUCAAUAUGUUUCAUGUGUGCACAGCGUACAGUAUCAAUUUUAAACAGUAUCUGAGGUUUGUGAUUGUCAAUCGCUGAAGGUUAGGCAUAGCUGUGCGGCACACGCGGCUUUCUGCUGAAGUAGGCAGGGCAAAGGAGUUUUGGCGAGAUGAGGCCUCACAAUGAUGCCCAGUGCCAGUAUAGUGCUAGCGUUUACAAUCGCUACAACCAUAGCUU